GAUAAUUCUACUUCCGUGUUCUACCCAGAAGGAAGAAACAUGUCAGCGACACUAAAACCUUAUCUGGAUGCCAUUCGGCACACCCUGACUGCAGGAUUCAGCCUUCAGAACUUCGACUCACAAGUGGUAGAAAGGCACAACAAACCCGAGGUGGAAGUCAAAAGUAGCAAAGAACUCCUUCUUACCCCUGUGACAAUCAGCAGAAAUGAAAAAGAAAAAGUUCUAAUCGAGGGAUCCAUUAAUUCUCUCAGGAUAAGCAUCACGAUAAAGCAGGCGGAUGAUAUAGAGAAGAUUUUGUGUCACAAAUUUAUGCGCUUUAUGAUGAUGAGAGCUGAACAUUUUACUGUUCUGCGGCGAAAACCUGUAGAGGGAUAUGACAUUAGCUUCCUUAUUACAAAUACGCACACAGAGCAGAUGUAUAAACACAAGCUGGUUGACUUUAUCAUUCACUUCAUGGAGGAAAUAGACAAAGAAAUUAGUGCUAUGAAACUAGCCGUCAAUUCACGGGCCAGAAUCAGCGCAGAAGAAUUUCUGAAGCGAUUUUAAUUUCUAUUUUAUUAAACUGAAAUCCUUUAUGUCAUCUUUGUGCACUCAGUAUAUUUAUAUAAUAAUGUUUAUAUACAUAUAUAUUUGAGCACAACAUAAUGUGUUUGAAGUAUAUUGAUUGAUAUUUUAAGGUCUUCAUACGGGCAAUGACGGGAAAAAGUGGUAUUUAUGAUCAGUUCUUGACAUUUGAAUGAAAGAGAGUCAGAAACAUUGGUUAAUGCUGGACGACACUGGUAUGGAAUAGCCUAGUCAUAGACAUAUUCUUAUCAUACACUAAUAUACAUGGAACUUUAUAGAUCAUCUUCCUAUACAUCAAUGCAUAUAAACAGCCUUUUGUACAAAUAACUAAACAGGAUGCUAUUCAAAAGCCUUUUCUUUCUAUAUACAUUUAUGAUCGGGGGAAAAAACUUCUUAAAUGAUGAUGAUCAGAUGAGAGUGAAUGUUAAUGUCUGUGUAUGUAAUACUUGUAAUACAAUGUUACAUUAAUUAGACAGUAUGGAAACAGUACAACAAUAUUAAAUUUAUUUUCUUAUGCA